AUGCCUCUAACAGCGAAACCCUCCUGUCGACUUUGCUCACCGACCCAUUUGCACCUUACUAACAGAGCUUCACGAGGAAGAUAUUUUCCUUCCCAGGUCCCCUGUUCGGGCGAUUCGGACAACCUGUCGGACGGGGCGACUUUUAUAGGUCCUGGUCCCGUCCGGGUGGGCCUGUCGUUAGACCAGAUCCCGAGCUCCAACCGGACGGGUGCAAGUUUCUUUCUCAGGACCCAGCGAGGUGCAGCGUGGUGUUGUUCCGUGGCUGGCUCACCGACAAGUCUUUCCGGCUUUGAUGCAUCGAGAAACAGAAUCACAUUAGGUGGGCAAUGA